AUGUUUGAUGACAGUGGCCCUUCUACGAGCUGUGUUGGAAGCGAAGCAGCGUUUUCCCCGCGUCAAAAUGUUGUCAAAAGUUACGGAAUUUCGAUUGACUCGAGUAAAAUUCACGAAGUCGCUUUCGAAGAGCAACCCGAGACCUUGCGAGCCUUAGGAGUGAAUGUUUUUGACCAAGAUGUGUUCGAGGAAGGGGUUUUACAGCAAGUUGAUCAAGCUAUUGCUGAACAGGAGGAAUUUCUGGAGAGAGAAAGGUUGAGUAAGGAAUUGAAGUCAGUUGAAGACGAAUUGAGGUUAGUAAGAGAUUCAAUUGCAUGAAAAAUGUAAACAAAACUUCAACUCGCUUGAAAUGUCAAAGUUAUGCAUAUAUUUGUCAAGUAGCUUAUCUCUCUCUCUCAUUGCUUGUUAUUAUUGUCGCUACCUACACUGGCACCACGACCAUUCGAUAGUAUAUUUUUAUUGUGAUAUUAAUUGUGUUGGUCAUAGUGGUGGUGGUGGUAGCAACGGUGGUUAUGAUGGUGGUAUGAUUGAUGGUGAUGAUGAUGGACUGAUGGUGGUACAAUUGAUGAUGGUGGUGAUGAUGGUAUGA